GUUUGGAUGCCUUUUUGAGCCAUGUUCACCACAGAGGGGUCUGUGGACGAUUGCAGAGGAGUGGGAUGAAGGCAUCACCAUGACUCUGCUGUUGGAUUAUUGGAUGUUUCUGGUUGCAUUAUGUCUGAGGAUGACUACAGGCCAUGAACUAAUAAGAAUCUCCCUGAAGAAGAUGCCGUCCAUCAGAGAGUCGCUGCAGGAGAUGGGUGUUUCUGCUGAGCAGGUGCUGUCGAAACUGACCCAGAUGAGCACAGCUGAUGCCAACCACAAGGCUGUUCCCACACCUCUAACCAAUUACUUGGACACUCAGUACUACGGAGAAAUCAGCAUCGGCUCUCCGGCCCAGAAGUUCAACGUGGUGUUUGACACAGGGUCAGCAAACCUGUGGGUCCCCUCGGAGAGAUGCUCACCUUUCUCCACCGCCUGUUUUACUCACAACAGAUAUGAUGCGUCCCAAUCCCGCACUUAUGUUGAGAAUGGCACAGGGUUUUCAAUCCAGUAUGCCUCGGGAAAUGUCAGGGGAUUCCUCAGUGAGGAUGUGGUUGUGGUUGGUGGUAUCCCUGUGGUGCAGGUAUUUGCUGAAGCCAACUUUCUGUCAGCCAUGCCUUUCAUUUUUGCCAAGUUUGAUGGUGUGCUGGGGAUGGGUUACCCCAAUGCGGCCAUUGAUGGGAUUACUCCGGUGUUUGACCACAUCAUGUCUCAGCACAUCCUUAAAGAAGAGGUGUUUUCUAUCUACUACAGCAGGGAUCCAACACACUCCCCUGGUGGAGAGCUGGUCCUUGGAGGUACAGACCCAAACUACUACACGGGAAACUUUAAUUAUUUGGAAAUCAGAGAAGUAGGAAAGUGGGAAAUCACAAUGAAAGGUGUUUCUGUUGGAGCAGAGAUGAUGUUUUGUUCAGAGGGCUGCACGGCUGUUAUCGAUACGGGCUCCUCUUACAUCACAGGCCCCGCCUCCUCCAUGUCUGUCCUGAUGAAAACCAUCGGCGCUCAGCUGGAUGAAACUGGAUACAAAGUCAGCUGCGAUGCAGUGAAGACGCUGCCCAUGGUCACUUUUCAUUUGGGUGGCCGAGAAUAUCCACUCACGCAUGAGGAUUAUAUCUUAUGGCAAUCACAUGUCGAAGGGGAUGUCUGCAUCGUCACGUUCAGGGGUUUGGAUGUUCCACCACCAAUGGGUCCCAUUUGGAUUUUGGGAGCCAACUUCAUUGCUCAAUACUACACGGAGUUCGAUCGUCGCCAUAAUAGGAUAGGAUUUGCUUCAGCAGUCUGACAUAAAGUCAAACAUUAUUUAUAUUUUUGCCUGAAUAAUUUUGAUGCUAACACUCAAAUGUUUCCUGCCAUCUCUUGGUCCAUAGCGCACCAUUAGGUGUAUUAAUGAUUAAAAAGCCUUCUUCUUAACUACAGCGAUAAAAAGGAAACAUGCAUUAUUUUUUGCUUUUUUUUUUUUUUGUUCUUUGGCAGGAUUUCUACUGAACAUCUUGUGAACAUUUAUAACACUAAUUUAUGUAGGUUUUUCUGCUAAUUCAUUCUUUCUGUGAGCUGAUCUGCCUGAUAUGAACAAUAAAAUCUA